AUGUCUUCCAUGUCAUCACAUUGUCAUAAAACUGGUUCAAGCACUGUGACCAACAUCCUCUUUCGCUAUGGAGACAAGAGAAUUCUUACAUUUGUUCUUGGACAUCACCAUCUAGGCUGGCCAUCAAGAUUCCUCGCAUCUCGCACUCUUUCUCUUUCCCGCCAGCCUAACAUUUUAUGCAGCCACACAAGAUUUAAGAAAAAGCCUAUGAACUGGCUUUUUCCUCCAGAAUCUAGCAAGUACGUAACAAUUCUUAGAAAUCCGGUAGAUCAUUUUGAGUCUACCUUUAACUAUUACCAACUGGGUCGAACGUUUGGUUUCGGAACUGACCCCGUCAAUUCGCUGGAAAAUUUUCUAGACAGACCGUUAUCAUUUUUCAACAUAUUCAACAAUAGUUAUGAUAAGAACAGAAUUAGCUUCAUAAGGAAUUUAAUGACGUUUGAUUUGGGUUUAAGCCACAGAUAUUUUCAAAAUUAUACAGCUGUUAAGAACUACAUUAAAUUCCUAAACAAAGAAUUUGAUUUGGUUAUGAUUAUGGAUUAUUUUGACGAAUCACUGGUGUUGUUGAAGAGGCUUUUGUGUUGGGAAAUAGAUGAUAUUUUGUACGUGAAGCUCAAUGAAAGAAAAGACAACGAAAAGGCAACUCGUCUAAGUGGCAGCGUUCAGGACAACAUAAGGCGAUGGAAUAAGGCAGAUGUGCUGUUAUUCAAUUAUUUCAAUGCAACUUUUUGGAAAAAAGUAGAAAAGAAGGGUUCAGGGUUUUAUGAAGACCUCUCCGCUUUCCGUGAAAGGAGAUUGAAGAUUCAGAAAUUGUGUUUUGAGAGCAGAACUAAAAUAGAGCUGAUUUGGGGGAACAAAUACAGUUGACUCCCGAUAACUCGAACCCUCGCUAACUCGAACCUCGCGCUAACUCGAACCAAAAUCGAUUUCCCCUGGAUUUCCGUCAUACAUUUACUGUAAUUUUACCCUCGGUAACUCGAACCCUCGAUAACUCGAAACUCCCGCUAACUCGAAGUAUUUUUUGUUUCCCCUCAGAUCAUUUCUAUAUAAUUUUAUCCUCGAUAACUCGAACCAUGUUUUGAGCCCUUAAAAAGUCGGGAAAAAAGAGUGUACUGCCUCCGAAACAUUGAAUUUUGAAUUUCCCUUUGACGUGUUGUAGGCAUACAGUUUACUAGUGGAUCGAUAGUGGAGGCUGAUGAUGUUUGCCACAAAUCUAACGUGAAAUACCUUUACUUCUCAAAAAGUAAAAUGCAUGCUCUAUUUAGGCAACGUUUUGUUACUUUACGUUCUGAUUUAUAAUCUAACAGUAUCUUUUAAUUUUCACUCAACAUAUUUACUAUUAAAUGUGAUUAGAAUACUGACUGUGCAGUAAAAACUGUUUUUUUCCUUACUCCCGGCUAUUUUGUUCGAGCUCCCGAUAACUCGAACUCCCGAUAACUCGAACCUUUUUCGAUUUCCCUUGAAGGUUCGAGUUAUCGGGAGUCGACUGUAUGUGAUUCCACUACGAAUAAUUUAAAUUCAAGUGCUAAAAUGUUGUGCAAAAACCUAAUCAAAUCCGAAGACAGUUACCUUGACGAGCUCCGUGAAAAGCAUUUGGCAGAGUUAGCACCAGAGAUCGCCGAACAGACCAGAUUGAUGACGAAACUAGUUGGGAUGUCGCAAAAGAUUUGGGGUACCGUAUUUUCACAAAAUAGCGCCCUCCCCUGA